AUGUCUGACCUACAUCUCGAAUUCGGUCAACAAUAUGCGAACUUCCGUAUUACACCGCGAGCCCCACGUCUGAUCCUGGCUGGCGACAUCGGCCAGCUCGCAGAUUAUGAUGCCCUUCGCGACUUUCUACGUCCCCAAUGUGAGAAUUUUGCGGAGGUCUAUCUUGUUCUAGGAAACCAUGAGUUUUUCGGAGUCUCCCGUCAGAAAGGCCUCCGACUAGCGGAUAUGCUCCAAGCCGAGCCACAGUUGAAGAAUAGAUUGGUCAUAAUGAAUCGGAAACGCGUUGAUAUCAAGGAUGUAACACUCUUAGGCUGUACUCUGCACUCACACAUACCACCCGACUCGGAGAAUGUUGUUGGGCAGAAGAUUAACGACUUCCGUCGAAUUGUCGAUUGGAGAGUUGCAGACCACAAUGCUGAGCACGCCAAAGAUAUAAAGUGGUUGAAGGACGAGAUCAGUUCGAUCAGAAGCACGGAGCUUGGUUUGAGGCAGAAGAUCGUUGUCAUAUCUCAUCAUGCCCCGUCAACCAAGGGGACGUCUAAACCUUCGAAUGAGGGUAGCCUAUGCAGCUCAGCUUUUGGGACAGACCUCAUUGGGGGUACACAACGAUCAUUUCUUGACGAUGUGCAGUACUGGAUACACGGUCACACACAUCACUCUUCGGAAUCUGUUCGGGGGAGUGUGAAGCUCGUGAGCAACCAACGAGGCUAUGUGAUUCCAAAAAAUCAAGGGACUGAGGUCUCAGGAAGCCUCGCGUCGAAACUGCUCAAUCUCGGGGGUCGUGGCAGCCAGGAACAAACCCCAUUCGACCCUGACAAGAUUAUUGAAGUCUGA